AUGGCUGCACCCAUCGCACAUUUCGACGCCGAGUGGCCGGGUUCGGGCGAGGUGAGCGUGGUUUCAGAGCAGGGGCUGCUCCGGCAGAAAGGCCGCGCGGCGGCCGCCUCCGCCGCCGCCGCGGCGGAAGCGGCUCCGCGGCUGCUCCUGGUCGACGACGAUGACGAUGAUCCUCCCGAACUGCACGACAGCAGCUUCUCCCCCAGCGGAACCGGCGCCUUCAGGUCCAUCGAGGACCUCGUGAACGGGUUUGACGAGAAAUUAAACGCGUGCUUCCGAAAUUUUGACGCCAGGACGGACACCAUCGCUCCCGUGAACGUGAUCAGCGAAGAGACGCUGCUGGAGAGGGACGACAUCUGGAAGGCUUUAACCAGUAACUACGGCCGAGCAAUGCCGGUGGACUGGAAGCAUUCCCGAACGCGUUCCCUGCACAUCCCCGCGUUCACCCUGGAGGAGAAACUGAGAAAGGCCGACGUCACAGCCGAGCUCUCGGACGACGAGGAGCUGAGGGAGCAGCUGGACAUGCACUCCAUCAUUGUCUCCAGCCUCGCGGAGGAGCCUCUGUUCAGCGUGGAGCAGGUCAUCGAGGAGAUAGAGGAGAUGAUGCAGGACUCCCCUGAUGUGGAGGCGCAGCACAACCCGUCCCAGUCUGACCUGUCCAUGCUGUCGCUGGACGUCCAGCAGACGAGCGGCGGUCACCACAGCGAGAGGGUGAAGUCCCUGAGUGCUGCAGAGCUGAAUGAGCGUCUGCAGGAGCAGGACGCGGACAUCAGGAGGCUCUCGGAGGAGCUGGUGCAGCAGCUGGCUCUCAGGGACGAGCUGGAGUUUGAGAAGGAGGUGAAGAACACGUUCAUCUCGGCGCUCAUCGACGUCCAAAACCGGCAGAAGGAGCAUCGGGAGCUCCUGAAGAAGAAGAAGAAGCUCAAAGCAGGAGCGGGGACGUCGCAGGUCCACACAGAGAAAACUCUGGGAUCCCUUUUCAGCAUGGAGGGACUCUCGUCUGUCAUUCAAAAUGGCUUCCGCCAAACCUUUGGGAGUGGGUGCAGUGAAAAGCAGUAUCUGACCACUGUCAUCCCAUAUGAAGAAAAGGGGCAGCCGCCGUCGGUUGAGGACCUUCAGACCCUCACUAAAAUUCUGCACGCUAUGAGAGACGACAGCGACAAGGUGCCCAGCCUCUUAACAGACUACAUCCUCAAAGCUCUGGUGUGAGCGCCCGGACGGAGAGUCCUUUGCCCAACGUAGACCAGCGGGAUGGUGCUAAUACUCUACAGAGGCUUCAGACUGUUACCAAUGGCAACAACAUCCAGAGGACCCAUACAACCAAUGGCUAUAAAAACAUGUUUUACAACAUGAAGCCUCCUUCUCCGUAUUGGUUUCUGUUUUUUUUUUUUUUACCUCAAUUGUGUUUUGUUUGUUCUUCAUUUAGCUGUUAUUUAUUUAUUUAUUUUGGAUGGAGUGCUGUGGUUUUCCUUUGUUUGUGAACUUUGACUUUUUUCCCAUUGGAAAAAUAUUGUAAAACUCUAAAUUAUAUGAGAAAAAUACAUAUAGAUAAUAUUGAGCUGUGAUGCAUUUAUCUCAAGGGCUUGUCAUCCAUUCAGCAACAAAUAAACACACAAAGCACAGACAAAAAAUGACACAAACAAAUCCAAUGAAAAAAAAGACAAAUAAUACUUAAAUAAUUAGCAAGGAUUUUAUAGGGAUACAUGUAUCAAUAGUUACCUUUAACCAGUGGGCAUUAACACGAUAAGUGCAAACCGAUUAUACAGGUUCAACACAGACGACGUGGGCUGUUUGCUGCCAGCGGUACCUCCUCACACACCGUCAUCACUGUGGAACAGUGCUGAUGGUGAAGGUGGAGACCACCAGGCUGACAUGCUCUAAUAACUAAGCGUCUGUGAACUCUGAACUGUGACUCAUGCACUGUCUGUACUUGUGUGAUGCCGACUGCUGAUUCUGAUCCUACGUGCCUGAUGUGCCCAGGGCAGCGUGCACACCGACCGGGCAUUGUUAUUCUGCUGCCUUUGCCUUCGCCUCAACUUUUGUACAUAAUAUAUCCUUAUUUUCAAUAAAUGUCACCUGAAUGUUUUAAA